CAAAAAACUGAAGCCACCUGGUUUUUCGCGGUGCCUCUCAAUCUUUAUUUGAUUCUUUCAAAAAAAAAUCCAUCUUCUUCUUCUCGUCAUUCACAAAUUAUCAUUUUCUCAUUUUUUUAAAAAACCUUUUGGCAAAAUAUCCUUUUUUUCCUCGCCGCAUUGGGGAGAAAUUUUAUGUGCUAAUUUUCUUCCUCUGUUGCAUUUCUUGAAACUUUUGACACAAGUUCUCAAGGCCUUUUUGUAAAUCUUCAAUCAGGUUAUUUUAUGUAUUCUGGAAUUUCUGUACCCAUCCAAUCCUCGAGGGACUUGUACCAUUUAGAAGGGAAUUUGAUUUACUUAAGUAUUCAACUCACCACCCAAUUUUGCAAAAAUGUUUGGCUUUUUUAAAUCACCUGCAAAUAAACCUCCUAAACAAAACUCUUCAAACCCUUUUGAUUCUGAUACUGAAGCAGAUAAGGUAAACACAAUUACACCUGCAAGAAGAACUUCUUCUGAACCAAUACUUGUUACUCCAAGUUCAAAAUCUAACAAUUUUUAUGAUGACGACGAUGAUGAUGAUGAUUAUUUUGGGAGAGGCCCACCCUUUAAAAACAAACAAAAGAAGGAUCUUGAAACCAUGUCUGUUCAAGAAUUGGAGAGUUAUGCUGUGAAGCAGGCUGAGGAGACCACUAAAUCUGUAAACAACUGUGUGAAGAUUGCAGAGGAUAUUAGACAGGAUGCCACUCGGACCCUUGAUACCUUGCAUCACCAGGGGGAGCAAAUACACAGGACCCACGAGAUGGCUGUAGAUAUGGACCAUGACUUGAGCCGGGGGGAGAAAUUGUUGAAUAACCUUGGGGGCAUGUUUUCGAAGCCUUGGAAACCAAAGAAGACAAGGAACAUCACCGGGCCGCUAACUUCAAAAGAUGAUAAUGACAAAGGAAAGCGAGCUAGCAAAGAGCAAAGGGAAAAGUUAGGUUUGGGUGGUGCACCUAAAGGUUCUCGUACACCUCCUCCCGAACCAACUAAUGUCAUGCGGCAAGUUGAGUUUGAGAAGGCAAAGCAGGAUGAUGCACUUUCAGAUCUGAGCAAUAUAUUGGGUGACUUGAAGGGUAUGGCUGUUGGCAUGGGAUCUGAACUUAACAGGCAGAACAAGGCUCUUGAUCACCUUUCAGAUGAUGUGGAUGAACUAAAUUCUCGAGUGAAAGGUGCCAAUCAACGAGCUCGUCGUAUGGUUGGGAAGUAAGAGACAUUGAUUUGAAUCCAAGUAGCUAGCUUAUAUUCUUUUUUCCUUUGCUUUCUUUUUGUUAAUAAUACCGGGCAGUUUUGUUUACUUUUACAGCAAUUCUUAGGUCCAACUUGUGUAAGUUACACAAAUAACAGAAUUUGGAUCAAGUUGUAAUUUUCGCAGCUAUGCAUUUAGUACAUUUAGCUAGAUAGCAAUGCCAACAGGCAACAG